AUGGACAUGACGUCGAGCGAAGGCGCGCAUGAGGACGGCGGAAGAGCGGCAGACGCACCGCAACCGUCGCAACAGAAGACCAAGCCGCUGCGGUUCGUAACCAACUAUGGCGCGCCUCAUCCCAAGAGAAGGCGAAUCGGAGCGGCUUGUCUAACAUGCCGGAAACGCAAGACAGCUUGCUCGGGCGAGCGGCCAACAUGCGAGACCUGCAAACAGAACAAGCUGGAGUGCACGGGGUACAGGAGCGAGACGACUGCGGCAACUCAGAAGCACGAUAGCCCGGGUACGGAGAAAAGGCGGCCAUCAGGUCAUGAAGACGGCGGCCGGCGCUGGUCACACAAGGAUUGCAACGAGCAGAAGCUGGACCCUCAGCUGCGCUCUGCGUUCGACGCGAUGCCUGCUCCUGCUCCCGCGUACUCUUCAAUAGGAGCGGCGCCCCCCAUGGAUUGGUUGUCUGCGAAUCAAAACGACCAACUCUACCAGCAACCUGUCCCUUCGGCUCCUGAAGCGAGCAAGCCUGGACCAGCUCAGUCCUCGACAACGCACGCUCAACAGGAGCCUCUAUUCUCUCGGCCAAGGGACCGAAUGCCAUACUUCAGGUGGUUGGGUCCCACGGCGAUCAUGCCAGGUUUCAAGCAAAUGGUCGUAAAAGUCAAGCGGCAGGAGACCGACACAGGGCGCGCAUCGACUACAGAUGGAGGAGCGGCUGCAGCUGGAGCAGCCGGAGCUACCGCCUCCCCUCCUUUGACUUCUAACGCUCAUCCACAUCAAGGCAACAGCUACAUGGGCGGCAUGGCACCAAACGCUGAGAACGGAACCCCGCUGAAUCUUCCCUUCUACGACACGAGUCUCACUCCCCCAAGCGAGCUGAUUACACACCUGGCAAACACAUUUUUCACCCAUCUUGGAUGCAACUAUCCAUUCCUCCAACGGGAACGGUUUCUCAGAGAUCUUGAGGAGAAGCAGGUUGACGCCAUCCUUGUAGACGCAGUCUGCGCAAUCGCUGCCAGGUUCUCCACCCAUCCUCUGUUAACAGGACAAACGAACGACGACGUGAAAGCCACACCAGCAGAAUACGGACAUGCAUUCGCACACCGAGCACAAAGCGCACUCAUCGAGACCUUUCCAUGUCCAAGUGUUGCUGCUGUGCAAGCCGCGCUCCUUCUGGCGUACGUCGAGUUUGGUGAGAGCAGAGACAGCGGACUGUGGAUGUACCUGGGAAUCUCCAUCCGGAUGGCGCAAGAUCUGGGCUUGCACAAGAUUGAGGGCCUAAGGUAUCGGGGCAAGACAGGACCGACGCCUAAGAUGAUCAAACGUGGGAGCUCUGCCGGCAGUCCAGCCGUGCUGACUAGAGUGAAGUCGCGCGAAAAACCGACGACGAAACCCGAUCACAGACAGAAAGAGCGCACUCCAGACAGCCAGACCGCAAACGCCAACUCGGAAGCCGUGGUCGAAGACCAGAGCCAGCCUCCGGACCCCAAGGACGUUGAUGAGCAGAAAGCAGUGGAGCAGGAAAGAGUCGAUACUUUUUGGGCUGUCUUCUUCCUUGAUCGCAUGGUGUCUUCAGGCACAGGCCGGCGUAGCACUUUGCGGGACAAAGACAUUGAGCUAUCAUUUCCAGCGCUGGAUACGACUGAUCCGAAGUCAGGAUGGCCAGCCGCGUUUCCAGCUCUCAUUCGGAUCGUCCACCUUUACGGCCGCAUGGCCGAUCUGCUCAACACUAUCAAAGAACCUUCAGACAUCACAUUAGAGACACCGAGAAAGAUCGCACUCAUGGAGAGCCAAGUGACCGAAUUCUAUCAAGGCCUGUCACCGAAGCUGCAUUUUGAUGCCAUCAACUUCCAACACUACAUGAAGAUUGGCGAAGGCACCAACUUUGUGCUCUUGCACUUCUGGUUCCACACUCUCAUCGUUCUGCUCCAUCAGCCGACAUUGUUCAAGACUUUCGAGGGGAAUAUGUUGCAGCUGUUCCCGAACUCGCAGCAGCUCUCUAUGUCUUCGGCGAAGACGAUCGCCGACAUCCUCAGCUACUCUCAACUCAUGGAUGCAAAAGCAAGCCUCGGAAAUCCGUUCACCACACAGCCUAUCUACAUCGCUGCUUGCGCAUUCUUAAAGGAGACAGCAGCGCAGACUGCAUCAAGCACGGUUCACUCCCGCGCCAAUAGCCCGGCCAAGCAUGAGAGAGACGGCACGGAAAGCCAGCCAAAUUCUGCAGACGUGACACCAACCAGCAGAAAGAGGCUCUCCAUUAGUGCGUUGACCCACGCAGAUGAAAGCACGACUCCUGUUCGAACUCCGAGUGACGCUCGUCGUUCUCCGACGUCGGCGGAAGAAAGAAAAGGUUCCGUCAAGUCUGAAAGGCCUACGACCUCGACAGGGAGGACGGAGGGCUCGCUUGCAAAACACACCCUGCUCGCCAAGGCAGCAAGCCAGCAUUACCAGCUCUGCUAUGAAGCAUUGCUUAGCCUUGAGACGUACUGGGCCGGAACGAAGUACAUCUUGACCGUCCUGAACCAAAAGUUCGAGGGCGUCGGCGACCCGCUGCUCUACACUGCUGAGGAGGGCGAGUGCUCCAUGGAGCGACCUCGACCUGAGCCGUCGUUCACCUCGCCUGGAUGGCGAAGGAAGCUGAGCUUGGGCCCGUAUCUGUACAACCCCAACAUCAGCACCCAAGCUUUAUGGAUGGACAAAGGGCUCCAAAUGCCCGGCGACCCAGGUGGCGAUCUGGCGAAAGCGAUUGGCUGGACUCUGACAGGAACGAUGAACUCGCCGUCAACCAACCUGGCCUGGCAUUACCCGAGUGCAGCAAACGUCGGAAGCAGCAAUAGCAUCGGGUCCGGAGGUUUCAUGGAUCCGUCACAAGAGGUCGACCCGGCGCUGGGACUCGGGAUGCAACAGCAAUUUCCACAGCACAUGCGGACGGCGACUUCUGGCUCACAGCCGCAACCGCAUCUGAACAGCUACCCGACAGACGGCAGUGUAGUCUCUAGCCAUGACGGCGGGGACAUGCUGAUGCAGAUGAACGCGCAAGCACACGCCAACGGCACCACGCAACUCGGUCAACCCAACGGCACCGACUUCAGCAUGCUGCAUCCCAGCAAUGGCCAGUCGAUGAACAACAUUCCCAACUACCCUCAGAACCGACAGGCUCCAGAUGUCGCCAACGGCAGACUGCCAGGUUGGGCCGCUCCGCCGACGUUCUGGCAUGGUAACGGGUCUGCGAUGCAUCCGUUUGGCGACAUGAUGAUCGAGAGUCAGGAUAUCGAUACGAGUAUGCUUGGGUUGAAUAUGAUGAUGCCUUGGUUUGAUAAUUAUCCGGCGCAGGAUAUGGCUGGGCCCUUUGAUCCCAGGAACGCGCAGAAUGGCGGCGGGCAUGCUGCUGGUGGUGCCGCUGGGCAGGGUGCGUCCUCGUGA